AUUUUUACAAAGUGCGAUUACCAUUCUUAACUUAGCAUUAAAAUACACGCUUUAAGUUAAAAUCCCUCUUUGUUCUAAUAUUCAAAUAGCAUUUAUUUUGAAAUUAAUCGCUUAUGUACUCAAAUUCACCCAAUCAUUCAAGACCUAAUAAUUUAUUGAUUAAUUAAUAUUUGUAUUGGUUCAAAUAUAUAAUUUUAAGAUAUUAUUCACUAAAAUGGAUACUGAAUGCACAGCUGUUACUUCUCAUUCAUCUAGAUCAAGGCGACAAGUUCCAGAAGUUAGAAUUCAUCAAAAUCCUCACUGCCCACUUGAAAAUAGAAUUGAUCAAAACCAAGAACGAAGACCUCCUCCUAAUUGGAGAACCAAUAUGAAGGCUGAUGAAAAAUUAAAUAUUUGCCGGAAAUAUUACAUAGCAGGAUUCUUUUUACUUCCAAUAUUUUGGCUUGUAAAUUUUUUAUGGCAUUACAGAGAAGCAUAUCAGGAAGAACAAUUUGAAGAACAAACCCAAAUAAAAAAUUAUGUUUUUAAAUCAGGUGUUGGUUUCUUAAUAUGGGCUGUCGCUCUUACUUUUUGGAUUGUUUAUUUUCAAACUCAACGAUACUACCAUGAUUGGGAUUAUUUAACUUUUAAUUUUCCUACAGGAUCUCCCUAAAUUUUAAAAACAAAUUAUUUUCUUAUAAAAUUUGAAUUCUCAAUAAAUUAUUUGUUGAUUUUUUUUUCAUAUUAUUAAAUAUAUGAUAAGUUUUAUUAAUUUUUGAUAAUUAGUUAUUGAGUCAUGAUUAACUUGUAUAAUUUUAUACUUACACAAAUUAUCAAUGUACUUUUUAAUUGCUUAAAAUAUAGAUAAAAUAUAUUAUUA